AUGUCUCAGCUGGUGGAAUGUGUCCCCAACUUCUCGGAGGGGAAUGACCAGGAGGUGAUCGAUGCCAUCUCCCGAGCCAUCAAGCAGACUCCGGGCUGCCUGCUGCUGGACGUGGAUGCGGGAUCCUCCACCAACCGCACUGUCUACACCUUCAUGGGGCGGCCACAGUGCGUGGUGGAGGGGGCCCUCAGUGCCGCCCGGGCUGCCUCCCGGCUCAUCGACAUGAGCAGGCACAGAGGGGAGCACCCUCGCAUGGGCGCCCUGGACGUCUGCCCGUUCAUCCCAGUGAGCGGUGUCAGCAUGGACGAGUGUGUGCUGUGUGCCCAGGCCUUUGGCCAGCGGCUGGCUGAGGAGCUGCACGUACCUGUGUACCUCUACGGCGAGGCAGCGCGGACAGCCAGUCGCCGGACCCUGCCGGCCAUCCGGGCUGGGGAGUACGAGGCCCUGCCUGAGAAGCUCAAGCAGCCUGAGUGGGCGCCUGACUUUGGCCCCAGCUCCUUUGUCCCCCGUUGGGGGGCCACGGCCACAGGGGCUCGGAAGUUCCUCAUCGCGUUCAAUGUUAACCUGCUGGGUACCAAGGAGCAGGCCCACCGCAUCGCCCUCAACCUGCGGGAGCAGGGCCGUGGGGAGCACCAGCCAGGACGUCUGAAAAAGGUUCAGGGCAUUGGCUGGUACCUGGAUGAGAAGAACCUGGCUCAGGUGUCCAUGAACCUGCUGGACUUUGAGGUCACAGCGCUGCACACAGUCUACGAGGAGACCUGCCGAGAAGCACAGGAGCUGAGCCUUCCGGUAGUGGGCUCGCAGCUGGUGGGCCUGGUGCCUCUGAAGGCUCUGUUGGAUGCGGCCGCCUUCUACUGCGACAAGGAGAACCUGUUCAUCCUGGAGGAAGAGCAGCGGAUCAGGCUGGUGGUGAGCCGGCUGGGCCUGGACUCCCUGUCCCCCUUCAACCCUAAGGAGCGGAUCAUCGAGGGGCCUUUGGUGGCGCAGGGGCGCGCAGACGUGGCCCGGUCCUCGCGCGCCUUCUCCUCGGUCACUCGUUCAUUCAGCUGCCUGUGCCAAGCUCGGGUCGGGGGGCGGGGGAGCGCGGAAGGGAUGAAGCUGCCCAAGAACACAGCUGAGGAGAGGGACAGGCGUGCGGCUGCCCUGCAGGACGGGCUGAGGCGGGCGGUCGAGGUGCCCCUGUCGCUGGUGGAGACGGUGUCCUCACUGUGGCCGCUGCUGCAGGAGCUGGCCCUGUGUGGAAACCUGGCCUGUCUGUCGGACCUGCAGGUGGCAGCCAAAGCCUUGGAGAUGGGCGUGUUUGGUGCAUAUUUCACCGUGAUCAUCAAUCUGAAGGACAUGACGGACGACGUGUUUAAGGAUCAGACACGCCAGCACAUCUCCAGCCUCCUGCAGGAAGCCAAGACCCAGGCCGCGCUGGUGCUGGACCGCCUGGAGGCCCGGCGGGAGUGA